AUUCCCGGCCAUCCGGUACGUAAAUCUAUACCUAGACUGGCCAUUGGUUUAUCAUCUGCUUCGGCCAAGAGGAGUGGUUGGAGUUCAUGGUCGGAGUCUCCUUCUUGGCACAAGUCCGUGGCACAAGCCUACGGGAGGAAGCGAGAGCGAGAAUGAAAUAUGAAAUGCGGCCAUCAGCGCCACCGCGUUUGAGAACUAACGCUGAGGAUAUGUGUCAAUAACCUAAAGUCGGCACUGGUCGGCACAAAAGAUCCUUAUGGAUAUAUGGACUGCUCUUCUAACCGACGCUGUUUUGCUCUAUUGACAAGCGGAAAAGCACGAAAAAGUGUGGUUAAGAUUCCGUUUUUUUUAUAAAAACGUACUGCGUUACUUUGAUGAUAUAUAAAAAGAAUUAUUUUGAUGGUUUAAUUGAUAAUACCAAUGAAAAUUAACUUUUGAAAGCCGGAUAAAAACACGUAAUUUUAAAAAUGGCCUUGCGUACGUACGGCGAUAAACCGAUAAGUUUUCAAGUUGAAGAAAAUGGAGAAUAUUAUUGUAUCGGAUCGGAGGUGGGCAAUUAUCUUCGCCUUUUCCGUGGAUCUUUGUACAAACGUUAUCCAGGAAUGUUUCGCCGGUCCAUCACCAAUGACGAAAGGAAAAAAUUGGUUGAACUCGGCCUCAGCCAACACGUUUUGGCUUCGAGCGUCUCGUUGCUCAGAGCCAGUGAAGUCGAGGAUAUUAUUGAGGGCAACGACGACAAGUACAAAGCAGUUUCGGUUCAUUCGACCGAACCACCGGCACCCAGAGAAGGAAAAUCAAAAAAAUCUAUGGCCUGGGUUCCGAGUUUACCCAACAGUUCUCAUCUUGACGCUGUGCCUCAAGCCACUCCUAUCAAUCGCAACAGAGUUCACAACAAAAAAGUCAGAACGUUCCCCCUUUGUUUCGACGACACAGAUCCCACAGCAAAUCUGGAAAAUGCAGCUCAGCAAGAGAUGUUGGUACCAAUACGUUUGGACAUGGAAAUCGAAGGUCAGAAGUUACGGGACACAUUUACGUGGAACAAAAACGAAAGCCUCAUAACUCCCGAACAGUUUGCUGAAGUUUUGUGUGACGAUUUAGAUUUGAAUCCAUUGACAUUUGUACCAGCUAUUGCUCAAGCAAUACGACAGCAAAUAGAGGCUUUCCCACAAGAAUCCUUGAUCGAGGAUCAGUGCGAUCAAAGAGUAAUCAUAAAACUCAAUAUACACGUUGGCAAUACGAGUCUCGUUGAUCAGGUCGAAUGGGAUAUGUCUGAGAAAGAAAAUAACCCAGAAAAAUUUGCUAUGAAACUCUGUGCCGAACUUGGACUCGGCGGUGAGUUCGUAACUGCUAUUGCAUACAGCGUUCGUGGACAACUGUCCUGGCACCAGAGAACGUACGCUUUUUCAGAGGCUCCCUUACCUACGGUUGAAGUUCCGUUCAGACCGCCAUCCGAGGCAGACCAAUGGGCACCUUUCCUCGAGACACUGACGGAUGCUGAAAUGGAGAAAAAGAUACGAGACCAAGACCGAAAUACUCGACGUAUGCGACGAUUAGCGAACACCACACCAGGUUGGUAAAUUGUGGAUGCGGAUGUAGAAACGAAAUAAACAGGAUAAACCGACCGACUAAAUUAUUCUCGCCUCUUCGCAACCAUCUCGUUGUCGUCAGAGAAUUUAAGGAUCAGGAAAACAUUCCCAUCCUCGAAAACUUCCCUGAAUAUUAAUUCUUACUGAUAUCAUUUAUAUCAAGCGUUAAUAUUUACGCUUUGCCAACUUUUCAAUAAAAACAAAAAAGUAAACCUAAA